AUGCAUAAUGUUCCAGAUGUAAAUUUUCCAAACAUGGGACCACAGAGCAUGGAACUGCAGAAUAAUCUUUUGGAAAGGCAGAAUGCCCAAGAAUAUUUGGAAAGCAUGGAGCUGCAGAAUAUUCUCAUGGAGGAGCAGAAUGUUCAAGAAAAUUUGAAAGCCUUGGAGUCGCUGAACAGUAUAAUGGAGAAGCAUAAUGCUCAAGGACAUCCGGAAACCAUGUGGCAGCAGGAUGUUUACGUGGAGCAGCAGCUGAAUGAUCAAGGACAUUUAGCGACCAUGAACACGCAGAAUAUUCAAGGAAAUUUGGUUAUCAUGGAGCUGCAGGAUUAUCUCAUGCAGCAGAAAAAUCUUCUAAUGGAUCAGCAGAAUGGUGACGACCCUUUCUUAACCAUGGAGCAGCAAAAUAAUUUCAUGGAGCAGCAGAAUGUUAAUGAAAAUAACUUAACCAUGGAUCAGAAGUUUUUUAAUGAAUAUUUGGCGACAAUGGAGCAGCAGAAUGGGCCAGAAAAAUUGGCGACCGUGGAUCAGCUAUAUGUACCAGAACAAUUUGAAAACAUAGAGCUGCAGGAUGUGCCAGAACAAUUUAAUGAUAUAGAACUAGUGGAAAGCUUGGAGCUGCAAAAUGUGGCAGAACAAUUUGCAAGCAUGGAGCGGCAGAAUGUGGAAGAAAAGCUCGCAACUGUGGAGGAGCACAAUCUGGCAGAACAAUUUGCAAGCAUGGAGCAGCAGAAUGAGGAAGAAAAGGUUGCAACUGUGGAGGAGCACAAUGUGGCAGAACAAUUUGCAAGCAUGGAGGGGCAGAAUGAGGAAGAAAAACUUUCAACUGUGGAGGAGCACAAUGUGGCAGAACAAUUUGCAAGCAUGGAGCAGCAGAAUGAGGAAGAAAAGGUUGCAACUGUGGAGGAGCACAAUGUGGCAGAACAAUUUGCAACGAGGGAGCAGCAGAAUGUGGCAGAAAAUAUUGAAACUGUGGAGCAGCAGAAUGUGGGAGACGAAUCGGCAAACGUGGAGGCACAGAAUGAUGGUCGUCCAGGGCUUGAGCAGUCAUGUGAAGACCCCUGGAAAAUCAAGAAAAGACUGCAAGAUAAUGAUCUGAGGAAGCGGCUGCUGAUAGUGGCAGACAUGGCAAGAAGAUUCUUGUUACCUGCAAUCAAUGCUACUGCUGCUGAGAUUGAACAAGGAACUCAAGUUGCGAUUUGGGAUGUGGACACGGUGACCGGGCACACUCUAACUUUAACGAAAUGGUCAAAAUCGUAUGUUUUCACUCAUAACUGGUACGAUGAUUUUGUCCGGAGAAGGGACUUACAUUUAUAUGAUAGAGUUGGUCUUUAUUGGGAUCCUUCCCAAAACCGCUUUAAUUUUUCUGUUCUUCGGCGUUGGGAUUGA